AUGACCGACCUGGACGCAGACUUGUAUGGAGACCUCUAUGGAAACGAUGAAGGUGAAUUUGCUGUGCCAACUGAACAGCCCGAGGAGAGCGCCAAAAGCGAAACCGUGGCCACCCCUCAGGAGGAGGCUCCGAUAUCUAUGAAGACAGAAGGCUCUUACGCUAAACCCGUACCGCCCACGACUUCAACAGAGAGUAUUCCGCAACCGUUGCAGACCGGCAGCACUCCUGCUAACAUUCCAUCCUACACCUCUCAACCUGCACAGCAAAUACCCACCUACCAAGACCGGUCAACCCCAGAAUAUAGGGAGCCACCACCUGUACGACAGGAUGUGGGUCACCAGCCCCUCAUUGAUCGUCCUGUACGGCCGUCAGAGAUGAAGGAGGAAGGCAAGAUGUUCAUUGGCGGUCUCAAUUGGGAUACUACGGAUGAGGGUCUCCGGACUUACUUUUCGCAAUUCGGAAAAGUAGAAGCGUGCACUAUUAUGCGGGACGGGGCUGGUCGUUCCCGCUGCUUCGCUUUUCUGACCUUCGAAGAUCCUGCAUCAGUCAAUGCGGUCAUGGUGCGCGAGCACUUCCUCGACGGCAAAAUUAUUGAUCCUAAGCGUGCGAUUCCCCGAGAAGAACAUCAGCGCGCCACUAAACUUUUCAUCGGAGGCCUCGCUGGCAGCGUAACCUCGGAGUCCAUGCGCGAGUUUUUCUCGCAGUUCGGUAAGGUGGUCGACUCCACCGUCAUGUUGGACCGCGAGACCGGGCGCAGCAAAGGCUUCGGGUUUGUCUCCUUCGAGAACGUUAACGUGGAGCCAUUCCUCGGGUUCGGUAACCUUGAGAUAGAUGGUAAGCUGAUCGAUGUGAAACUUGCUCAACCGCGCUCUCAGCGGGAGAGCUACGCCGAGGGCGGCCCUGCUGGUCAUGGAGGCAGAGGUUACAGCGGUAGUGAAUAUAGCGGCCAAGGAGGAUACUCAGGCACCUCCGGCACAUCAGCGGCGGGCGCAGCCAACGCUCCGUUCGACGCUCAGGCUCUGGCCUCUUUGUACACCAGGAUGAUUCAACAGAUGGGCGGCAUGAACCCUAUGAUGAUGAAUCCCAUGAUGGCCAGCAUGGCUAGUGGUAUGGGCGGAGGCAUGAGGAUGCCCGGUAUGACUGGCUCGCCGAUGGGAAUGGGUAGCGGCAUGGGCACAGGGGGCAUGAGCCGUGGAGGAGCCGGUGUCGGUGGAUCUGGCGGCGGCAUGAUGCAUAUGGGCCCGAAUGUGCCGCGCGGCCCCAGAGGCGCGUCCGCGGGAGCGGGCGCUGGUCAGGCUGGCGUCGGGCCUCAACGCGUAGGGCAGAGAGGGCAACACAACUACCACCCUUAUGCCCGGUGA